AUUAUUUUUUCGUACGGAGUUACAGACUAGCAUACAAGUCAUAUGAGGCUGCUGCACUGGCACUGCAUGACAAUGAAGCUGCAACAAGCUUUCAUGCUAAACUGAAACUUGAACAGUGAACUGAAAUCAUGAUCUCUGAGCUACCAAUUGAGCUGCAGGAGAAGAUUGUUGGCUACCUACAGGGGCUUGACCUAGUGGUGGCUGGUCAGGUAUGUGAGCUGUGGCACCAGCUCGCCUCCACCUUCUGCCGACACGUAGUUCAGGAUGAGGUACCUGAUGAUGUCCUGGAGGAGCUGCGCGCCGAACUGGUGCCAGACGCAGUGGAGGGCGAGCUGGACACUGAGAGUGCUGACCACCGCUGGAUGGAGCUGUACCACCGCUGGCUGCAGUCGCAGCUGCGCUCCCAGGCGCCGUGGCGCGUCACCUACACGCACAACUUCCCGUUCACUGUGCAGGCGCUGCUGGGCGACGGCCGGCGGCUGUUCGUAGCCGACUCGGAGGGCGUGCUGACAGUGCUGGAGCGCGGCGCGCGCGACGCCCAGCAGCACCGGCUCUACCUGCACGACGGCCAUAUCAACCAGGUGGCGGCCGUGUGGCAGCACCGGCUGCUGGUCGUCACCGGCGCCGACACGCAUUUCAUCCGCGCCGGCGCGCAGCCGCGCCUGCUUAUGUGCACGGAGAGUAUGACCGGCCAGCGGCGCGUCAGCGUGCACCGCGACCAGCUGGCGGCGCUCAAGGACGUCUACCAGCGCACCUGCAUCACCGUCUACCGGGUGAGCGCCGACGAGCGCUGGGCGCGCCUGCAGCCGCUCUACGACGUGCGCUGCGCGGACGCCGCCUUCCAGUGGAGUCUGUGGGCGGGAAGGCUGAUCUGCUUUCUGCGCACCGGCGAGCUGUGUGUGUGGGACCAGGCGCGCGCCGCUUGGACCAGUCACCCGGAGAUGUACAGCGAGCUGCGCUACGAGAAUCCCGCCUGGGUGGUGCGUGACACAGUGCUCUGCUCGACGCUGAUGCAGCGUCAGAUGAUGGGCUAUUGGCACCUGGACCGUGGACUGACCUACUGGCUGCAGGGCCGUGUCGACCAGCCGCUGACCCGCGUACAGCCGGCGCUCGGGGAGAACAUCCUGUGUCUGUGCGCGCGCCGCUCGCUGGUCGUCGCCGGCACGCAGUCUGGCAAGCUGCUGUUCUUCCACUCUGGGGUGCGGGGCGGCCGGGACCCGCUGGUGAAGAGCCGGCAGACCGCCGAGCCGGACACCCACUCCGAUGUGAACCUCACAACGCCCGUCUGUGUCAUCGAGCUGGGGUUCAACUCCAUCGAGCGCAUCGCACUGGGCUUCUCCGACCGAGUGCUGCAUGUGUUCGUCAAGUCGAGAAAGAACAUGGUGGAGUAUAUUGAGGUAGCAAUGCGGCCAGAGCUGCUGAGGCAUAGCUAGUGGGAGUGGCGAAACUCCAGACUGGACUGGCGAGCAUAGGUUACCUCUGGACGAGUUACGUGCUGUGGGGAAGGCGAGGGAUAAUGUGGGUGACACACUGGUUCUGAGAAUCAGACGUGUGUGAUGUGAUAAGUGCUAGGUAUUGCGUGAAGCUGCCUUGAGUGAAGUGCUUUAUAUCACUAAUGGCGAAGCUGUCGAAGUGUCCCAGAAAAUCCUGUCUUGGAUUGUUGUCUUUCUGCGUGGAAUUUUAUGUGAUGGAUGCUGUGUAUGCGCUGCUGGUCAGUCGGGAGUGCUGGUCAAUAGCUGUGGGCUGUGCUUUAUCGACUCACGUGGGACUCGGAUGGUUAACUGGAUUGUCAUGAGGGAAAAACCAAGUCGAUUAUUGUCCCUAUGCGACUGUUCGCUGCUUGAUAUAUUGUCUAAUGAUUUCUUUUUCCGUCCCGGAAAAGUUUGCUGGGUGUCUGUGUUGAUCGGGAGUGAUUGCUUAGUUUUGUAACUAAAUCGGUUUGGAAUGAGUCUUUAUUUGAGUUGUGCAUCCGUCAAUAUGGCUUUUUGUAUCCAGUUUAUUAGUCAUCGUAACGAUGAUAAUACAUAUGCGUUGGGUUUCA